AUGCCGCAGGAUAUGCCGCCACAGGGCGGCUAUAGCCCCGUCCAGUACAAGCGCAACUUGCCUGUUCGAGGCUUCCGUCCCGCCGCAUACAUUAUCGGAACCGCGGCACUCAUGACAUAUGGAUUCUGGAGGGUUGGCCAGGGUAUCAGGGAGCACAACGAACUCGCGCGCGAGAAGAUGUGGGCGCGGAUACACCUUAUCCCAGCACUACAAGCAGAGGAAGACCGUGACCAAGUGCGAAGAUAUCUGGCCGACAAGGCUAGGGAGAAGCAACUGUUGGGCACAGAGACAAAAGUCUAUCACAGCGACAGAUUUGUUCGACCUACAUUUGCCAUCACACCCGAGCAUGAGACCAAGUAG